UUUACUGUGGGGGUCUGUAGGUUGGUGAUGGGUUGCUGCUAUUUACUGUGGGGGUCUGUAGGUUGGUUGGUGAUGGGUUGCUGCUAUUUACUGUGGGGGUCUGUAGGUUGGUUGGUGAUGGGUUACUGCUAUUUACUGUGGGGGUCUGUAGGUUGGUGAUGGGUUGCUGCUAUUUACUGUGGGGGUCUGUAGGUUGGUUGGUUAUGGGUUGCUGCUAUUUACUGUGGGGGUCUGUAGGUUGGUUGGUGAUGGGUUACUGCUAUUUACUGUGGGGGUCUGUAGGUUGGUUGGUUAUGGGUUACUGCUAUUUACUGUGGGGGUCUGUAGGUUGGUUGGUUAUGGGUUGCUGCUAUUUACUGUGGGGGUCUGUAGGUUGGUUGGUGAUGGGUUGCUGCUAUUUACUGUGGGGGUCUGUUGGUUGGUUAUGGGUUACUGCUAUUUACUGUGGAGGUCUGUUGGUUGGUUAUGGGUUGCUGCUAUUUACUGUGCAGGUCUGUAGGUUGGUUGGUUAUGGGUUACUGCUAUUUACUGUGGGGGUCUGUAGGUUGGUUGGUUAUGGGUUGCUGCUAUUUACUGUGGGGGUCUGUAGGUUGGUUGGUUAUGGGUUGCUGCUAUUUACUGUGGGGGUCUGUAGGUUGGUUGGUUAUGGGUUGCUGCUAUUUACUGUGGGGGUCUGUAGGUUGGUUGGUUAUGGGUUGCUGCUAUUUACUGUGGAGGUCUGUAGGUUGGUUGGUGAUGGGUUGCUGCUAUUUACUGUGGAGGUCUGUAGGUUGGUUGGUGAUGGGUUGCUGCUAUUUACUGUGGAGGUCUGUAGGUUGGUUGGUUAUGGGUUGCUGCUAUUUACUGUGGGGGUCUGUAGGUUGGUUGGUUAUGGGUUGCUGCUAUUUACUGUGGGGGUCUGUAGGUUGGUUGGUUAUGGGUUACUGCUAUUUACUGUGGGGGUCUGUAGGUUGGUUGGUGAUGGGUUGCUGCUAUUUACUGUGCAGGUCUGUAGGUUGGUUGGUUAUGGGUUGCUGCUAUUUACUGUGGGGGUCUGUAGGUUGGUUGGUUAUGGGUUGCUGCUAUUUACUGUGCAGGUCUGUAGGUUGGUUGGUUAUGGGUUGCUGCUAUUUACUGUGGGGGUCUGUAGGUUGGUUGGUUAUGGGUUGCUGCUAUUUACUGUGGGGGUCUGUAGGUUGGUUGGUUAUGGGUUGCUGCUAUUUACUGUGGGGGUCUGUAGGUUGGUUGGUUAUGGGUUACUGCUAUUUACUGUGGGGGUCUGUAGGUUGGUUAUGGGUUACUGCUAUUUACUGUGGGGGUCUGUAGGUUGGUGAUGGGUUACUGCUAUUUACUGUGGGGGUCUGUAGGUUGGUUAUGGGUUACUGCUAUUUACUGUGGGGGUCUGUAGGUUGGUUAUGGGUUGCUGCUAUUUACUGUGG